AUGACAUGUCAGAUAAACGCCUCAGACGACAGCAGCUCUGAUGGCGGUGUCAAGUUCAGCAUCACCAAUGUCCCCAAUGAGGUUUUUUUUUGUUUCAGCAGAGGGCAUGAAGACAAAUACCAAGCAAGUCAUCCCAACCUACGAAAGCUGCAGACAGAAGGGUUUGGAGCCACUGGAUCGGUAGAUGGCGGCUCCUCCACACAAAAUGGAUAUCCUCAGAACAGACACCUUCGACAAGCUCACCAGACCUUGGACAACAAUUUAGAUGAAAUGGCAGAUGGCCUGAGCCGUCUGAAGAAACUCGGGUUGGGUCUGCAGUCUGAGAUUGACAGCCAGAAUGACCUCAUCGAUUCUCUGGGCAACAAAGUGGACAAGAUGGACACAAAGAUCAAUAACACAAACCAGCAGAUUAAAAGGCUCAAAUAAAAAUAAAAAAAAUUGCGACUUUAGACCUCACUGACAUCUUACAAGUCAUCACUUGAUUUUACAUCAUGUCCUGAUCAAGAAAAUACUUGCAGAAUAUGUUUUGUUUUGGGUUUUUUUUUUUUUUGCUUCAUUUGUAUUUGUAAAUGUAUGUCCCUCCCCCCACUACCAAUCCUAACAUAUUUGGAUUGUGUGCAGCAAAGGAAAUACUCCAUGUUCGUAAAUUUGGAAGUGGUCUUCAUCAGUCUAUGCACAUGCAUCUCUCUAAAUAUGAAUAUUGUGUAAAA